AUGUUUAUCCGCCUCUCUACUGCUUUCGUUAUGCUCUUCGGCCUGACGGCCCUUGUCGGUGCUACAGUGCCUGUCCCUGGCAAGCGUGACAAUGUUGCGAGGGUGGCCCAAGUGAGCCUUGUUUCGCGCCGAGCAUUUCAAACUCACCGCGUCAUGUAUGCAGCCCGCACCUCACUGGAGCAACCCAGGAACCCGAUCCGAACCUACCCCAAAGUAACAGGGCGCGCGCAAGCCUUGCUGUACGGCCCCAGUGGGCAACUACUAUACGGAAUCGAGCCUGUAUACAGAACCAGUCACAAGGAAUCUCAAGUAGAAUAG